UGAUUUGUCAACUGGUGAAUUUCACCAUGGUCUCUCGCUCCUAGAGAAUUUGGAGGAAGACUUGUCAAGAAUUAAUCCAGCAGAGCAAUGGAUUUAAAUCAGUCAGAGGCUCAACACAAAGCAACUCUUUAGCAAGUGAACCUCAACACCUUAAGAUGACCAGCAGUUUGCACAUAAAGGUUGUGAUCCUUAUGAGAAGUGAAUAUGUCACAGGUCAAAUGAUAAUACAUCAUUACUAUAGCAUUCAUCCUUACCACAUCCUUAUAGGAUAUUACCAAUAAUGUUCAGGCAUGUUAUCUAAUUAGCAUAAGCUUAAAAUUCUGAUUGGGUAUGGGUUCUGUUCUGUUCUAUAAUACUAUUAGCACUCCUAAAUAAGGCUCUUUAAAGAAUCAUGUACACAAUGGAACUCUUAUUGGGUUGUCCACCUCUAUCUUGUCCUUUAAGAGACCCAAAAGACCAGAGAAUUAAUGAAUGUAUCUCAUCUGUGACAUAACAUUUCAAUGUGUUUAAGUGUGGUUUCACCACCAUUGCCAGUACAACUAAAAUUCAGAUCAGUUCAAGGGGAAUCUUAUCCUUAACCUGGACAAUGAUCUACUCAGAACUGAAAAAAUAUUUUUCAAGGGUUCCAUGUACUUAAAUCCAUUAUCAGGGACAUACAUUAUGUUGGUAAUGAGAAAGUCAGAAUUCUUAAUCUUUUCUUUUUCAAUGUCCUCACUGGAACAGAUUUUAAUGGCUGAAGAACACCUGACAAGUUUAGGUACAAAGCACAAUCAUAAAACAGGGAUAAAUAUCAAAAAGUCCUCCUUAGAGAAUGUGAGGGAUUAUCACCUCACCAUUGUCCCUUCAGACUGGUUCACAGUGGAUUCAUCACAUCAAGAUGGUGCAUUGGCAAGAUUGUUGAAGUCUGUAAACUUUUCACAGUUUUCAUCCUUAGAGAUGGCUGCUGGAUAUUCCCUUCUAAAAUUUGUAUCUUAUACUCAGAGAGACAUUGCUCCCCUUCUCAAUCAACCAUCCAAGUUUUCACUUCAAACCCAUAUGGCAAUAGAUUCAAAUACAAGACGAGCUCUGGAACUGACAAAAUCCUUGGUGGGUACAGACUCAAAAGCUACGCUUUUUGGAGUCAUGAAUAACACUGCAACUGCAUCAGGGCAAAGACUGCUUUAUUCCCGCCUUUGUGCACCCUCAAAUGAUGUUGAUGUGGUACAAAAGAGAUUGAAUGUAGUUGACUUCUUUUGUAUGAACAGGCAUCUUGCUGAGGACAUUCAGAAGGCCUUGAAAUCAUGUCCAGAUGUAGAGCGUAAGAUGCAAAAGGUUGCAACAGGGGCUGCUAGUCUGAGUGACCUUCAUGCCAUAUACAGUGCAAUAGCUCUCUACAAGUAUAUUCUCUUGCUGCUCCACGAUACAUACUUUAAUGUUAACCUACAAGCUAUUGAGGAGUUGCUGAUGAAGGACUUCAGUUUGCUUGAUGACUUGUACAGAGAGUUGGAUACAGCAGUUGGUAAAGUUGAAUCAGAUCAUACUGUCAUGAAAGGCUACUCCAACAAGGCAGAUGAGAUCAAGGAGAAACUGUGCAAAAAUAUGAAACAAGUUGACAAGUUAAGAGAUGUUUACAGAGUGAGCCUAAAGAUUCCUCGCCUGACUAUCAGCAACCACAAGUCCUUCAUACGAGUUGUAGAAAUACCUUUAAGUCAGAAAAACUCUCUAGGGUGGAACCAAGAUUUUGUUUUUUUGGAAAGUACCAAAGACAAAGCACGCUAUAUUACUUUAAAACUCCAAGAGCUGAAUGCAAAAUGGAAAGCUUUACAAGAAGAAAAUGAGAUUAUUCAGCGGGCAUUGUCUGAUGACCUCUGCAAUCAGGUAACUUCACAUGCUGAAAGUUUAAAGAAAUUGGCUGUUGCAUUGGCGGAGUUGGAUGUGUCCUCUUCUCUGGCAGUUCUCGCUGUUAAACGAGGUUAUGUUAAACCCAUCAUUGGAAAUCAAAACGAAUUUCUUGUGAAAGGGGGUCGACAUCCGGUUGUAGACAUGCUUCAGCCUAACAGUUUUGUUUGUAAUGAUUGUGACCUGGGCAAAAAGAACCUCUGGAUUAUCACAGGUCCAAAUAUGGGUGGUAAGAGUACAUUUCUUCGUCAAAAUGCAUUGAUAGCCAUUCUUGCACAGGCAGGCUCCUUUGUUCCAGCACAGACCGCAAAGAUAGGUGUUAUUGAUCGACUAUUUGCACGCAUUGGGGCUACUGAUAAUCUAGUGCAACAUCAAUCUACCUUUAUGUCUGAGAUGCUUGAAACAGCUUUCAUCCUCGCACAAGCCACUGAGAAGUCCUUAGUUGUUGUUGAUGAAAUUGGUCGUGGUACAUCAGUGCUAGAUGGCGUGUCAAUAGCCUGGGCUGUAAUUGAACAUCUUCACAGCUCCAUUAGGUGCAGAACACUAGCCUCGACCCAUUACCAUCAACUGGGUAAACUGGCCCACAUUCUGCCGCAUGUUGACUGUUACCAUGUUACUGCUUUGCACUCCAAAGAUAGGUUAAGUUUCACAUAUAAAGUUAAUCACGGGUGUGAUCAAAAAUCCUUUGGUAUCGAUGUAGCAAAACUUGCAGGGGUCCCCAUAACAGUUGAGGCUCGUGCGAGGGAAAUUCUCCAGGUUUUAGAGGACAAAGGAAACAGUUUGGAGGUCACUUUGGAAGAGGACAAACUGGUUUCAGAAUCUUGGAAAACACAGAAAGGCAAAGAAAGCUCAAAUACAUCUCCUUUCAUCACAACAAAUGAUUUGCAGGCUGAAAAUGAAAUCACCAGAGUGCUUCUUGAGCUUAAUCCAGAGUUACUUACACCAAAGGAUGCUUUAGAAAUAAUAUAUGACCUACAUUUGAAGGCACAGUGUAAAUCCUCCCGAAAGAAUUACUAGUUAUUCUAACUACAUGUUAUUUCUACAAACCGCCACAAAUGGAUACCACAAAACCUUCAAGUGCGUCGUAGGGAGAUGAAGGAUAGGAUAUUCAUUGACAAAUGUAAAGAGGUAAUGCAUCACAAUACCAUGGUAAAAACAGGUGUAGUUGGCUCUGGAGUCCUUCUGACAUUGCCAUCCAUAAAGAGGAAAUAAGAAAUAAGAGCCAAAGCAACAAGGAAUUCUUCAAUCUGCUUCCUCGUAUACUUCAGUGUUUGCCUGGGUGUUUGCAAAUUACAUUUGUUUUUGGUGUGUGGAAAACUUAGUUGAAGUACUAAUGUUCAGGUUGACUUUGAGAAUGAAAUUUGCCAACAGUUGGCAAAAUACUACUGCAACGUUAAUAGUUUAAUAGUAUAAGAAUGGUAACAAUCCAACAAUGAUCGCUAACCCUUCAACCCUGAAGAGCAACUAGAAUCUAAUUUCUUAUCACAAUAUCAUCCCUGAACUAAACAUUAAGGUCAUAAGAAUAAAGGAAAUGAUCACCAACUGAAGUAGCUCGGGAUUUUUAAACAAAUUCUCCUUGUGGUGUAUGGGGAACAGUACGGAGAAUAUGAAUACUGAUGUAAGGGUGUAGAAGGUUAAACAACGAGCUAUGCCCAUCAUACCUUAGCAGAACUACUUUCACCCAGAUGAUCAGACUACAUGAUACCCACUAUCGGUUUCCACUGAUAAUCUACUUUUCACUACAUAACCUGCUGAGUUUUAUUUAAAAUUUGAUUAUACAACUCCACAAGUCCACAAUUUCAAUUUGCAUGCAUAUGAGAGUAAGAAAAACUGACUGAAGAUCUCUAAACCAAACUAUAGGCCUGAAAUAAUAUGGAAACACUUAUUUAUGGUGUCUUUGUUGUGGUUCAAUUUUAUCCUUGGUUCAAAUUUUAUUUUCUUCUGUUUCAAACUCAUUGUGAUACAUUACAAUACCCAAAAACAAAAGAAAACAAAAUCUGAACCAAGGAUGAAAUUGAACCACAACAUCUACUUGGAAGUUCAGCAGUGAGACCAUAAAAUAAAUAACAUCUUACAUGUCCAAAGUUUCAACAGAUUACAUAUUCAGCUACAGAAAAUAGAAAAAACAAACAACAUUCAAACAGAAUUGGUACCUAUUUACUUGAUAUGUGGGAAAAGAUCUAUUUUACAUAUUGAUUCAACCAGAUGCAACAUAGAUAGCAGACACUUUCACUAGUUCACCAAACUGAAUUCCUACUAUUUACUUUAAGACAUAAAUUUGACUUAAGCCAACCAAGGAGUUCGGGCCUUCCAACUGGCAGAGCUUAUAUUAGUUCCAUAAUGUUUAUACUUUUAAAUUAUAUGUGUCUAAAGGCCAAAAUGCGCCACAAGAGAAAAAUCUAAAGCAAAGUACUAGACCCAGGCAUGUACAGUAAGUGUCUCCUUAAUUUAAGUUUAAAGAUCGUACCUUCCAAGAGAGAGGUCGAUAUGUCCAGUCUAUCAGGUGGUAGUACAAUACCAAAAGACACUGAAUAAAUACUGUACUACCAUCGAUGCAACAAGAAAAGUUUGUUGUGGUCAAUGAUGCAACUAGAAUUACUUACUACAUCAGUGAAUUGCUAACAUUAAUUCAUUUUCAACUUUCUGCAUCGUUUUGGAUUAAGUGACAUGUGUUCCACCAGGCAAAAAGCACCAUACAUUUUGUAUCAUCAGGCACACCGUUAAGUGUAAGAAUCCUUUUUACUCUACACUAGACUCUAAAA